UGUUUGGAGUGUGCAGCGCUGCAAGAAGAUUUGUUGAUGAGUGGCGGCCCUUUGUUGAACUCGGGCGGAAUAACCACAACGAUUCUGAAGGGGGCACUGCUGAUGUAUGGGGAAGUAACUUCUCUUUUUUUUUCCCCCUUUCGUAACGACUGCUCGCUUGGCAGACGAGAUAAGUGGGAAAUGUGCAACUCAAAUCAAUAAUCCAAUAGUGAAGUUCAUUUGUUAUGGAUUUAUAGUUCGGUUGGAUUACACUACAGAUCUGUCGGAGACGUGUACCUCUAAAGUGACCAGUGGUUAAAGAAGUCUAUCUUUAAAGUGACCAGUCUAAAGCGACCAGUGGUUAAGGAAGUCUAUUUCUAAAGUGACCAGUGGUUGAAGAAGCCUAUCUCUGAAGUGACCGGUGGCUGAAGGAGCCUAUCUCUAAAGUGACCGGUGGCUGAAGGAGCCUAUCUCCAAAGUGACCAGAAGCUGAAGAAGUCACCACUAAAGUGACCAGAGAUGAACGACACCAGCAUUACUUUGCCCCCUAUGACUAAUGACACUGACCUUCCCAUGGCUAGUGAGAGAACUGACUCAGCGAAGGCCAUGGCCUUUGUGGCCAAUGGCACUGGUGUCGUCAUGGCCUCUAAGGCCAAUGUGACCUAUCAGGAAGGGGAGCUAUUCACGUGGCAUGGGACUGAGCUUAUCGUCCUGCCGAUGAUGAUGGUCCUGGGGAUCGCCGGAAAUCUCCUUGUCUUCUACAUCUACCACUUCCGGUGGCGCAGUAAUACAGUGACCUUGUUCAAAAGGAUGUUGGCUGUCCUUGACUUGUGCAAUCUUGUCCUGGCCCUCCCCUCUCUGCUGUAUACAGUGGUCAACCCAGGAAGUGACGGCUUCCAGAUCAAUUGUAUCUUCAUGUCUUUCGUAGCGCUGAGCACGGCCAUAGCCUCGGGCUGUUUGUUGGUCAUCAUAGCAGCGGACAGAUUCAUGAAGUUAUGUUUGCUACGUAAAACUGGGAUCGGCACCAUCCUCGCCAAGAAGCUCUUCGCUGUGAGCGUCAUCAUCGCCUGCUUGCUGGACAUCCCGACUGUAUGGCUCUUUGGGAUGACCACCGUGGUCUUCAAACAUUACCAGGUGCAAGUAAGCUACUGCUUCAUUAAAACCGAGAGCAAGAACGGGGUCAUAUUCUACGUGUAUAUAGCCAUGUUGUCUUUGGUCUUUAUGGCCGUGAUGGCGGCCCUGUUCGUCCUCUACGCGAAGGUGAUCAUCGUCCUGAGAAGGCUGGCGGAGAAGCACGACGAGCUGAAGCGGCGCCCUUCCCUCGCCGGGGGCGCGGAGACCCUGAAGCGGCAGAAGCAGACGGAGGUGAUGCAGAAGUCGGCCGUGGUCUUCAUCGCCAUCACCGUCGUCUUCUUCGCGAGCUACGCCCCAUACUUCGUCACCAUGAUUAUCUCGAUGCUGGACCAAUCCGUGGAGGCCGCGAUGAGCCCGGGGCUGAAGGCCAUCUACGACCUGGCCAAACUCAGCCCCUUGGCCAACAAUGUGGCCAACCCGUUCAUCUACAGCUUCACAUCCGAGCACUUCCGAGAAGAGGUCAAGAACAUUUUCACCUUCAAGGCGUGCGAAAAAGGUUUCUUCAGACGCAGAGCCUUCUCGUUCUCAAGGUCAGACAGGUCCAAGGAGAUUUCUGAAAUAUCAGACUCUAGGGAACAGGAAACUUAAUGACGAGAGUGUAAAGGUAACAUGAAACUUACCAGCAAAAGAAACAUGAUUCUUAAUAGUUUUGGACCUAGUUUCUUUAGCGGAAACAUGACUGGGGAACAAGAGUAUUAGCAGUAACUAUGUUCCCAAAAGUGGAACCUAAUGACUAGGGAACAUGAUUACUAUCAGGAAAAGGAACAUGUUUCUUAAUAGUUCGGGAACAAUAACUAGGGAACAAGAGUGUUAGCAGUAACUAUGUUCUCACAAGAAGAAACCUAAUGACAAUGAAACAUGAUUAUUAACAGUUAGGGAACCAUGUUCCCAGCAAAAGUAUGCAGUAACACUAUCCAUGAUAUGAACUUCGGGGAAAUGGAAUUUUAAGGCAAUCUAAAUUCAUCUGAUGUAAAACAUGGAUUCUUAUUAAUCCUGUAGCUGGCAUUUAACGAAAUAAACAAUAAGAUUAUCUUUUUAAUACACGUGAAGAUUAUUAACUCUUUGUCUCCUAACUGACGAUACCAACGUUGAUUCCACCAGAACGUGUUAAAUAAUAACGGAGAGAAAGAGUUAAUAAUCCAAGCCAAGUACUUCCUAUAUAGACAUUAAAACAUUGACACAAAUACACUUUGACUCUUCAAACAGUUACUAGCGAAGAGAUUUGUGUUUUAUAAAAUUAUAACUUUUGUGUCGUCAUUAUAUCCGAAACAAAACCUGCAUAUCGCUGCCAAAGUUUUUGUCACUAUAUCAAUGACGCAAUAGAGUCAACUUGAGGGCAUUCAUCUGUGGCUUCUUGUCAUUCGACGGAGGAGAUGAAUAUAGUUCGGUGCAUUCUGAAAUGCAGUUUACAUGCAUAUGUUUAUAAAGCCCAAGGACUUGGUUUAUUUACAAACUAUUUUUUUUUUAAUCAGAUGCUUUGUUGAUGCAGAUGUUUGGCAAAUUUGUUGCUUUAUUGACAUUGUUGAAUAGAAGGAUGAGAGAGCUCCUAACAAUUUGUAUACACAUUUUUAUAUCCCAAACUUUCUGUAACAAAGUCUUCCUUAUUAUGUAUUUAUUCCCUUUUGUCUUUCUUUCUUGUAAUGAAUGAAACAUUGUGGGGAGACCUAGCAGACGUCAGCACGUUAAUGUCGUGAACUUACGACCUAAAGGGGAUGUCACUAGCGCCUAUGAACCACAAUGCGAGUUGUCUCCCUCAGAAGAAAACAACCUCCUUCUUUGGUCGUAUUUCAAGCAGUUACAAGAGAGAGUAUGUUACACAGGCCUAUAUAAACUAUAUCUAGACUGGAAACAGACAAAUUUCCUAUCAGAUCAUUGUGUACGUAGCUCUUUAUCAUGCUUUAAGGGAAUUCGCGUUAUGAGUCUUGGAAAUUGAUUUUCUGUCUCAGAAAAUUAAUGAUCUUUAGUUUUCAAAGUUUAGAUAUAUUACAAUCCCAUUUCGCGGAUUUUUAUAUAAUAAGAGUUAUUAAUCUUAGAACUAAAGAUUCCAUGCAAAUUUGUGAUCUAUAU